AUGUGCCCCCGAAUCGUCUUCCGUAAUCCAGAUCUUUUCCAUCACCACGGCCUCCAUCUGAACUGCUUCAGUGCUCAAGGGCGAGAAGCGACAAUGUCAGACACCCACAAACACGACAUAGAGCAUGCUCCACAUGUUGAUGGACGGAACGACGCCGCGAGUUCCGGCCUGGCUUUUGCCAAACCUACCAACCCCGAAGGUCCCGCGCGGGAAUGGCAGGAAAUUUUCGCCAAAUCACUCCGUAGCGACUCUGACGACCACAACCUUCACCCCGAGGGUCCACCACAAUUCACCUCCAAAGCCCAAGCCCGCUACCGCGGCUUCAACGACGCCCUCCUCGCCAGCAUCCGCUGGCAAGUUGCCCCCGCCAACCACCCCGAAAGCCCCGCAACUGAAGAAUACCGCGCCAACCUCCUCAGUGGCAUGGUUAUCAAGGGCCAGGAGUUGCUGGACGACGAUUGCAAGAGCAUUAAAGACACGCUCAGGUGGGAAAUCGACUGGGUGAAGAACGAGCAGAAGGGGCUGGAGAAGAAGUUGCGGGCGCUGGUGAGAAGGGAAGCGGAGUUUGAGGCGGAGGAGAGGGUGUUGGAGCAGAAUUUGGAGCUGGCGAGAAGGGAGUUGGAGAAGUCGGAGCGAAAGGUCUAG